CAAGUGACAAAUACCAUACCUGGGUGGAAGGACCAAAGGUUACAGCUUGCUGGAUCUGGAUUUACUAAUCAGGCACAGGCAGUACAAUGCUGAACGCAAGAAGUGUCCUGGUGACAGGAUCCAACCGGGGCAUUGGCUUGGGGCUAAUCCAACAGCUGUUGGGGCAAAACAACCGGCCAGAAUGGAUCUUUGCAACCUGCCGGGACCCAGAAGGACCACGUGCCCAGGAGUUGAAGAAUUUGGCUGCCAAGCACCCUGAAGUGAAGCUCAUCCCCCUGGAUGUUACCGAUCUAUCCAGCAUCCAGGCUGCUGCAGCCAAAGUUGCGGAGCACCUGCAGGGAACUGGAUUGAAUCUCUUGAUCAACAACGCUGCAAUUGCAAGGCCAAGAGCUAUGGAAUCCGAGACGCCAGAAGACAUGUCCGAGGUGUACAAAAACAAUGUGAUAGGGCCCAUGAUGGUGAGCCAGGCAUUCCUGCCCUUGCUGAGGAAGGCGUCUCAGGAAAGCCCGCAGAAAGGGAUGAGUUGUAGCAAGGCCGCCAUUGUCAAUAUGUCCAGUGAUGGAGGCUCUAUCACUAAUGUCUACCUAUGGGAUAUUAGAGCACCAUGUAUUAAUUACCGUUGUAGCAAGGCUGCUCUGAACAUGCUCACACGGUGCCAGUCGCUGGGAUUUGCAGAUGACAAGAUUCUGUGCAUUGCACUGCAUCCUGGAUGGGUGCAGACAAAUAUGGGAACAUCAGCGGCCCCACUGACAGUGGACGCAAGUGUGAAAGCCAUCCUGAACACCCUCGGGCACCUCUCUGAGAAAGACAAUGGCACUUUUGUGAACUGGGAGGGGACAGCCCUUCCUUGGUAAGAGAGAGAUAGGGCAAGAACUGCUCUUUGUCUACCUCCUACAGUAGGGAAAUCUGGCCACAGGAGGCAAGCCAUUGAUCAGUUCCUUUGUUGUUUCUCUGUCACGUUGUUUUAAUCUAAAACUAGUGCUUGCCAAUCCGUUUAAUUGCACUAUCUAUAAAGAGGUUAGACUUUGUCCUUGCAUUUCUACUGAGUUGGACUUCUAAUCUGAUUUGUAACAAAUCAGUUUUUCUUGGCAAAAAGGCAGUUUGGUCAUGAAAAAGACACUACCUCUGGCACCAGCUGCUAAAAGGUUUUCACGAACUGUCAUGUGACAAAUAGUUUGAAGGAAACUUGGCUCUUCAUAAUUUGACAUCUUUGUUUCAUUAUGUAUUUGUUUAAUUAUGCUAUGCUCAUGGAUGUUGUUGCAACUAUACAAGUAAAUACUUGUGGUUGUAGUGGUACAUGCGAAAGACUAUUGUGAACUAGAGAUGGGCACGAACCAGAAAAAACCGAACUGUGCGGUUUAUGGUUCGUUGCAUUUCACGAACCACGAACUUUCACGAAUCGGUUCGUUUAGUUCGUGAAAAUGUCACAUCCAGGUCAGCAGAAGGCCACUUCCAGGCCAGCAGAAGGCCACUUCUGGGUCAGUAGAAGGUCUGCAGGAAGUCCAACCCCCUAGGAAACUGACUGAUCGGCACCAGGCUGUCUGCAGUGACGAACCAAAAAACAAACCAAACGAACCAGCCUAAAGUUCAUGGCGGUUCGUCAAAAACGGGCUCUGAUGAACUGCUGGUUCACAAACCACAAACCGGCCUGGUUCAUGAUGAAUUUUGGUUCAUAUUUCAGUUUGUGCCCAUCUGUAUUGUGAACUUGAGGAGCCAGGUUUGGUGUGCCACAGUUCCUCCAUCAUUUGCCUAGAUUGCUCUGCAGGCCAGACCAGAACGUUCUUCUCUGUUUGGGCAACAUGAGAUGUUUUUCUCUUAAAAACAUGUUUUUCACUUUAAUAUCUACCUUAUCUAAUCACAGUGUCCUGUUAUUACACUGAGGACUGGGAUGUUUAUGAGCUAAACCGUAUACCAGGUAUGGGGGUCUUUUAGAGAGGACAGUAGCACUCUUCACAUCGGACACCUGCCACUUACUGCUUAUCAGUUGGCCUUGCCUUUCCAACAAGCGCACAGGUAUAGUCUCAGGGGACAGCUCCACUGAAGAACCUCAGAUAGGCUGAACUACAGAAGCAAUAUUGUGCAACUGACCAGAACCAGGGGUCUGUCCGUUGUCGUUUCUUGUGGAUCCUGACAGCAGUACGGGGGUGUAAGCAUAGUCUCUGUUCUGUACUUGUUCAUUUCUGUAAAUUGUCAGAGCGAUUUAAUAAAUAUAUUUUCCUUCAA